AAGAACGCUGGCUGUCCUAGCUGCCAGGAAGAACAAUAUAUUUUUACAAGUAUUACAGUUUAAGAUGUAUUAUUUAGCCUGUGGGAUAAUCACAACGUUAGAUCUCCGAUUUAGCCAAUUACCAUAUUAAGAAAAACGAUGACAGCAAAUUAAUGGUUGUUCAGUCACGUCAGGACAAAUAAAUUUACUGGACAGGGGGCGUAGCGGUAGUUUUGUUUAUAAUUUGCUGACAAACACGUGUUGUAAGAAUUGCACAAACAUCAUGAAACAGACCUUGAACCAUGUAUAUAAACUGCUUUAAUCAUUGCAACUGUUAAUGUCAUAAUUGUACGACAUGACACUGCUUAUCUUUCAGAUGAUGUAGAUUUAACAGAAAAAGAAUAUUAGAAGAAAGUAAAUUAAGAAUAAAAACUAUAAAAAAGAGAAAUGAAGAUUAUUUAUGCAGUUUUUUGUUAAUGAAUUGUUAAAAAUUAACAGCCAUGUCAGACUUUGAAAGCAUUAUAGAAAAACUUCGACCUUUUGGUCCAUAUCAAAUCCGUGUAUUUAUGCUUGUGUCGUUAUUUGAGACACCAUUAGCAUGGGCCAUGUUAUUACCCAUAUUCACGUCUGCGCGACCUAGCUGGACAUGUGAUGGUCCAAACUUUACUAAUAUAUCAUCAAAUUUAACAAUAUCAAAUCAAAAAAAUAUAAACAGCUGUACACCUAGUCAAGAUGUCUGCAGUGGUGUGAAUUUUUCAAAUGAAUUUACAUCUAUUAUUACUGAGUGGAAACUAAUAUGUAAUAAUGAUUAUAUUCCUGGUCUCAUAACAUCGAUACAGAUGGCAGGGGUAAUGGUUGGCGCUAUUAUCACUGGACAAUUAGCUGAUUACUUUGGUCGGCGUAAAAUUUUAUUUCUUGAGUAUGGAUUGUUAAUUUGUGUGUGGUUUGCGAGUGCAUUUUCUAAUUCAUGGGAACUUUAUACUGUACUUAGAUUUGUUAUUGGAGGGUUAGUUGGAGGUACACUAGUUGUUAAUUUUGUAUUACCGUUAGAAUUUAUAACACCUAAAUGGAGAACAUUUUGUGGUUGUAUUGGGUUUUGGGCUGUAGGACUAGCAACAUUAGCUUUAUGGGCGUAUGUAUUACGUGAUUGGAGAUAUCUAACUAUGGGUACAUCAGCUUCCAGUAUAUUUCUCCUAUUUUGUUGGUGGUUUGUACCUGAAAGUCCACGUUGGUUGAUAAGUCGAGGUAGAUUAAAGGAAGCCAUGGUUAUAUUAAAUGAAAUGGCUGUAUGUAAUAACAGAUCAGCACCAGAAUAUGAUCAAUUAAAAUCGUGUAUGGAGAUUGAAAAAAGAAAAAUACAAGAACAGAAGAAGUUUAGUUACUGCCAUUUGUUUAGUUCAUGGAAAUUAACCAAAGGAACUCUUAUUCUUAUGUACAGCUGGUUUGUUUCCAGCUCUGUUUAUUAUGGUUUGAAUUUUAAUACGAAGAAUCUCUCAGGAAACCGUUAUUUAAAUGUUUUUAUAUCUGGUUUAGUGGAAAUUCCAGCCCUUAUUUUUGUUGUUUUGAUAAAUAAUAAAAUUGGACGACGUAAAACGAUAGCCAUCUUAAUGUUGAUUGCUGGUACAUUCUGUGUGUCUAUACUUAUAGUAGAUGUAUUAGGGAAGUUAGAAGAAUGGCCAGCAUUAACUUUAACUUUAGCUAUGAUAGGCAAAUCUGGUAUAGCAGGAGGCUGGGCAGCAGUACAAGUUUUCUCAGCAGAAACAUUCCCCACUGUUGUAAGGAAUCUAGGUAUUGGUGCAUGUUCAACAUUUGCUAGAAUUGGUGGAAUAGUCGCUCCCCAAUUAGUAUAUUUGGGCAAUGUGUGGAAACCGAUACCAUUCACAAUAUUUGGUAUUAUUGCUAUACUGUGUGGAGUGUUAAUGAUAUUUAUGGUGGAAACAGUUGGUCAACCAUUACCAGAUCACAUCAACAAGAAAAUAAAGGUCAUUACAGCUGACAAUGGUGAUACAAAUUUUGAGGAAGUUCCUCUUUCCAAUCAUGACACAACACAAUUAUAAUCUCCAUUUUAACAAGACCCUGAUGGUCAUUUCAGGGAAUUUUGAAUUCCAUACAAACUUCAAUAUUAAUAUUGUGAAAGUUGAGUCUCUAUUGGUGUCAAAAAAUGGUUCAGUUCCAUUGCACUACACCAGGCAAUCUGGCAGCAGGACUGCCAGGUGUGGCUAUUAAUUGUGAAGUAAAAAGAGUUGGCCUUAUUAAAUAUGAAAUCCUUAUACAGCAUUUAGUAAUUGAAUAUAAAAACACAAAUUUAUAUGAAAAACAAUCACUGAUUUUAUUUCACACUAUGUUUCAAAAAGUUAAAGGAGCCAAGUCGCUAAUAUUUGGAACCUAGAAAUUGACACAAAUGGGUUGCAACGCAUAUAAUAAUGUAAUCUAAUUGUAUAUAAACUGAUUUACAUUCAAUUGUUACAUUGACUCUAAUUUCAAAUCAGUUAUGUCCAAUGAAAUACGGCACGAGUCUCGCCCGAAUGUCAAUUUCUAGCGUCUGGUUAUUCUAGUCUAUUGCGCAUACUCUCAUGGCGUCACCGUUUGAAAUGAGUAGUCGAAUAUGUCUAGCCUAAAUCUUUUUGGUCACUUGUUACAAAUGACGCUGAAAUGCACUAUGGUACACAAUUCAUGUACCAAUGGUAAAAUGUUUAUUUUGUCUUAUAUAUUGGAUAUCAGAAGCCUACCUUUUCCCGGUAAGAUCACAACAUCAAUGUUGAUUUGAACUGACAAAUAAUUUGUGUUUUCAACAUGUAAGUCUUUGGAUGAUAUUGAGUUAGAGACUUAGCUACUUUAAAUAUGAAUGAAUAUAGGUCUCUAGUUAAAGUUAUUCAUAUCCUGCAAUGUAUUCAUAUCCUGUAACAUUGGGCCUCCCAAAUUAGGCCCAGCAUUUUCUACAACUGGCCAGUUUGAUUUGCAAAUUUACCAGGAUUCAGUAUCCUCUGCAGACUGUAUAAACAAGGCAGCACGUCCUGUAAGUGCCAGAGAAUUGAGAGAAAAUCUUUUAAUCCGAUCGAAUCCAAGUUAGCAGAAUAUCUACUCUUUGUAUUUUGGUUUUGUUUUCAUAAUUAAAUGUUAAAUAAUCCAAUUGAGUACAAUUUAGCAUGAACUAAGCCAUAAAGAAUACAUAUUAUCUGAAAAAAAUAGCUUUGACACAUUAUUUUUAUACAAGUAUUAUACACAAAUCAGGAUCUCAGUUUUAUAUCAAAUGUUUAUUAGUCACUUAUACAGUGGUCUUCCUUUUGUUUAAUUGCUAUAAAUGUCCAAAAAUUUGUUUUAUGACAAUAAAAUAAUCCAUGACCCUGUUGUAUUUAUAUAAAAUUAACUCUACCCUAUGUGAUGGAUACACUUAAUCACUUCUCCACAGGAGUGAAAAUGGAAUUUAACUAAAAUUUAUUCAACUGUAUUUUAUUUAUUUUAUAUUAUAUUUUGAUUUGAUUAUAAUUUUAUUUGUGCUUGGUAUAUCAGUUGUUACAAAUUAAAUAAACUCUUUAUUCCAUGGUUGAUGAUGCAGAAGAGAUUGAACAAUUUAGCAUUGUUGGACAUUCAAGGUAGCUUGUACUUUUCUAUAUAAAUCAAAUCCAUAAUAUUUUUAUGUAAUUCAAUUUCCAUAUAAACAUAACAUGUUUACCUUGGUGCCCACAUGUCUUGAUCCAGUACAUAGACGACUGUACUGCUGGUUGUUGUGGGUGUAUUAGGAGGUCUAACAAGUCACAUAGUAGCAGAGAAAGCCUUUUAAUAAGAAAUUAAUGUUUUGUCUGCAACAUCUGUGCGGAAGUAGUUGAGUCAGAGGAAACCAAUUUAUAAGAAUUGGUGAAAGCCAAAAUUUAACAUCAGGAUAUUUUAAUACUAUAUUUUGCUACAGGUACCUGCUUGUAAUAUGUAUUGAUGUCAAAGUAAUAAAUUUUGAAUUUGUUUAAAA